GAGCACGCUUUCUGGACGGAUAUUUGAGAAUUAGAGAUUUCAAACGACAAAAUGUCGAAGAGACACCGCAUAGACGUCGGUGACUCGCAAACUAAACGGAGCAGAGAUGAUGAUAGAGAGAAGAAAGAUGAGAAGGCUUAUAAGUCGGUAUUUGAACAGUUUGGAAUUGCCAAACCCACCAUACAGAUGAACCCAUUUACAGGUUUGCCUUACACACCUAGAUAUUUUGAAUUGUUGAACAAAAGGAAGCUGCUACCGGUAUGGGAAUACAAAGAAAAGUUUUGCGAUAUCAUCAACAACCAUCAAAUUCUUGUCCUAGUCGGAGAAACGGGUAGUGGAAAAACUACACAGAUUCCACAGUGGUGUUUGGAGUGGGUUAGGUGCCGCUAUCAGAAGAAAGGUGUGGCCUGUACCCAGCCUAGGAGGGUGGCAGCUAUGUCUGUCGCACAGCGUGUGUCCGAGGAAAUGGAUGUGGGGCUCGGACAGGAAGUGGGGUAUAGCAUUCGAUUUGAGGACUGCACGUCAUCUAAAACUCUAUUAAAAUACAUGACAGAUGGUAUGUUGUUACGAGAGGCCAUGUCAGACCCUCUAUUAGAAGCUUACGGCAUCGUCAUGUUGGACGAAGCCCAUGAAAGGACACUGGCCACAGACAUCUUGAUGGGACUUCUAAAGGAGGUGGCCAAACAGAGGACAGAUCUGAAAAUUAUCAUCAUGAGUGCUACACUGGACGCAGGCAAAUUUCAGAACUAUUUUGAUAAUGCCCCUCUGAUGACCGUGCCAGGAAGAACACAUCCUGUGGAAAUCUUCUACACUCCGGAGGCAGAAAGAGACUAUCUGGAAGCUGCCAUCCGCACAGUAAUCCAGAUCCACAUGUGUGAGGAAGGACCUGGAGAUAUCUUAAUGUUCCUCACAGGUCAAGAGGAAAUUGAUGAGGCCUGUAAAAGACUUCAGAGAGAAAUUGACAACUUGGGGCCAGAGGUGGGGGAUAUGAAAUGUAUACCACUGUAUUCCACACUACCCCCAAAUUUACAACAAAGAAUUUUUGAAGCCCCUCCCCCUCCUAAACCUAAUGGUGCUGUAGGCAGAAAGGUUGUGGUAUCGACCAACAUUGCUGAGACCUCCCUUACUAUAGACGGGGUCGUGUUUGUGAUUGAUCCGGGGUUUGCAAAACAGAAGGUAUACAACCCCAGAAUACGAGUGGAGUCUCUUUUAGUAACAGCCAUUAGUAAAGCCAGUGCACAGCAAAGGGCAGGUCGAGCUGGACGAACAAAACCGGGAAAAUGUUUCCGUUUGUACACAGAGAAAGCAUAUAAAAAUGAAAUGCAGGACAAUACAUACCCUGAAAUCCUCAGGUCAAAUCUGGGAUCAGUAGUGCUACAGUUGAAGAAACUUGGAAUUGAUGAUUUGGUGCAUUUUGAUUUCAUGGACCCACCUGCCCCUGAGACCCUUAUGAGAGCCUUGGAGUUGUUGAACUACUUGGCCGCUCUGGAUGACGAUGGAGAGCUGACUGAAUUAGGAUCCAUGAUGGCUGAGUUUCCAUUGGACCCCCAGCUAGCCAAAAUGGUCAUAGCCAGUUGUGAUUGCAGCUGUUCUAAUGAGAUUUUGUCCAUCACUGCCAUGUUGUCAGUCCCACAGUGCUUUGUUCGACCCACGGAAAUGAAGAAAACUGCUGACGAGGCCAAGAUGAGAUUUGCCCACAUAGACGGUGAUCAUCUAACUCUGCUUAAUGUUUACCAUGCCUUUAAACAAUGCCAGGAGGACCCCCAAUGGUGUUACGACAACUUUGUGAACUACAGGUCUCUGAAGAGUGCCGACAACGUGAGACAGCAGUUGGCCCGCAUCAUGGAUAGGUUUAACCUUCGACGAGCCAGUACGGACUUCGCCAGCCGGGACUAUUACCUAAACAUCAGAAAGGCACUAGUGUCAGGAUUUUUUAUGCAGGUGGCUCACUUAGAGAGAACUGGUCACUACCUGACAGUGAAGGACAGCCAGGUGGUGCAGCUCCACCCAUCUACCUGUCUGGACCACAAACCGGAGUGGGUCCUGUACAAUGAGUUUGUACUGACCACCAAAAACUACAUCAGGACUGUCACUGACAUCAAACCAGAAUGGCUGAUCAAAAUAGCACCACAGUACUACGACAUGAGUAAUUUCCCAAUGUGUGAGGCUAGAAGACAGCUAGAACGUAUCAUUGCUAAGAUGGAAAGUAAACAGUAUCAAGAAGGAUUCUAACCUACAACCACAAACAAGUGACAGGCAACUGACAAAAAGUGCAGUGUGUUGGUUGACUGUAUUGCUUUCAUUUUCAUGUGCAUUGUGGCUUUUUAAAUGGGUUCAGAUUUGCUACCGAGGUGAAAAUUGUCACUUUUUCUGAUCACUGAUGAAGACCAAGAACAAUAUCCAUGUUUUAGUGGAAAAUAAGACAUCAUUGUUUUUAAAUUCAAAGAUACUUGAGACGAUUGUUUUUCAUGUCACAUUUAAGAAAUAUUGCUGUUAGCUGAAAAGAAAAGCAGUGCCAGGAAAUAGUACAAGCCUUUCUUCAUUCUUGAUUCAUAGAUGUACUGUUAAAUUCGUUGAAGCUAUAUUUGUUGUAAACCAUCCAUUAAAACUGAGAACAACAAUAAAAAAAAUCAGAA